AGCAAGAGCAAGCAUACUCUUUUACAAGUAAGUUGGCGACUCACAAUUAUACAAGUGCUCCUAUCUACAUCUACUUCCUCAGAGAAGAAGAAGCGUUAUUUACCUGUUAUGUGGGUCUUGGUUCUGCUUUGAGUUUUCAUCACUACACUAACUGGGAAUGAAAAAGCGAUGACAGAUCCUGCAAUCAUGUCUACUCUUUCCGUGUCGUCCCUUCUAGAGCCGACGUCUGCCGGUGUUUUUCUGCUCCUGCUCAUGUUUCUCUCGUUCUUUGGUUCUCCGUCGACAGGAUUGUUGCGCACUACGGGCGCGAAGGGUCGGCUUGCCGUAGCAGUUUUGGCAGUCGCGCUCGUUUAUUUUUCAGGUCAUUUGGUGUUUUACGGCUGUGUCUUACACAUUUUCGGACUCGCAUUGCUGCUCCUCUUCCUCAUGUUGGUAUAUUUCCUGCUACUCUUCGGAAUAGUGCAAGUAGAAAAUGAAAACAAGUUGUGCAUCGGUGCGGCUGACCGAAGGUGCUAA